ACAGCUGUUUCAUUUGUAUAUAUGUUUCAUAUUCAUUAUACAUUUGUUUUCCGUCGAAAUUGCCCGUACUUUCGCACGCAAAAGUACAAAAUCAGAUAGCCGGAUCGUUCGCACGUUGGCACGACCCCACAUUCUCUCACUCUAUGGGAGCCGUGUUUAUCCCAAAGGAAAACUGAAAAGGCGCCGGUCGGGCUAUCCGGUCUCUCUGGUGUCUUUGAUUUCCGUAUUUAUUAUUGUCUUCGGGCUAUCCUCCGUCCUACGUCCUCUGUUCCCCACCACCGACUCCAGUUUUGACUUUCUUCGUCUUCCGCUUCGUAUCGGUCUCGUCCCACCACCCGCCUGGUGCAUCCUUCCAGCCAUCCCGCUCGCUCUACGCCAAUUUCCAACGUGCGCGCAAGGUUACGGAAUCCGAAAUAUUAUUACCGUUAAUUAUAGCUGCAGCAAAACGGGUGGAGCUAACAUAUAGAACCUAUAUAUCCCGUAGUCUACUCGUCUAGAUGUUUAGGUUUGCCAUAAACGACGCCGCCAGCUGUGUGCGCUCCAAUGUCAAGGACUUCAGCCUGAACGCCCUGCGCUUCCUGUCCCAACUGCCCCAGCUGAGUCCGUACGAUGUUAACCUGGUGCUAAGGGAGAACGAGUUCGUUUUCAAUUUCCCCGUGGAUGGUAUCAUACGGAGCUACGAGACCAACCAGUUGGGCUCCAACUCCCCCUGCGAGGACUCACGCACAGAGGCCAGUCUGCUCCACCGAAAUGGCUUCAUAUGCGGCAUUUUCGACGGGCACGGAGGAGCUGCCUGCGGUCAGGUGGUGUCCAAACGCCUUCUGCGGUACGUGUCUGCGGCCACACUGCCGCGCCAAGUGCUCCGGGACCAGGUGAAGAAGGGAUGCAGCAGCCAGUCCUUCCUCAAGUGCCACAACGACAAUGUGGACUUUGUCAGCGAAAUCAAGCCGAUCUACGAGGCCAGCUUCCAGAAGUACAUCAAGCAGCUGUGCGAGACGCCGCAGCGGGAUGUGGCCAGCGAGCUGGUGCACGCCUUCCUCGAGCUGGAUGAUGGCCUCUCGGAGGAGGCCCUGGCAGUCAGCGAUUUGCGCACCAUGGGAGUGGCUCUGUCAGGAGCCGUCGCCUGCCUGGUCCACUUGGAGGGACUACAGCUGCACGUGGCCAGCACGGGGGACUGCGGCGCCGUGCUGGGUAUCUUGGACCCGCAGACCCAGCAGUGGACGCCAAAGAAGCUCAACAUUGAGCACAAUACCGAGAACAUAGGCGAGGUUCGCCGCAUCCUGGCCGAGCAUCCCAGACAGGAACAGGAGACGGUCAUCCGCAAUGGACGUCUUCUCAGCCAGCUAGCUCCGCUUCGUGCCUUUGGCGACUUCCGCUACAAGUGGUCCCUCGACGUCAUGCAGAACAAGGUGGUGCCCAUGUUCGGAGAGCAUGCCAUGGCGCCGAACUACUACACGCCCCCGUACCUCACCGCUCGUCCGGACGUCCAGCAGCACCAGCUGGGCCCCAACGACAAGUUUCUAGUCAUCGCCAGCGACGGCCUGUGGGACUUCCUCUCGCCCAGCGAGGUGGUCAGCCUCGUCGGCGAGCACAUCGAUUCAAAGAAGAUCCUCGAGCCGAUGCGUCUUCCCGAGGGCGACAACGUGACGCUGAAGCAAAUCUCCGCCCAGCUGGCUGAGCGCAAAGCUGGACUCACCCGCAAGCCCAUAGACUCGAACGCGGCCACGCAUCUCAUCCGUAACGCUCUGGGAGCCACCGAUUACGGCAUCGAGCACUCGAAGAUCUCGUACUACCUGACGCUACCGAAGGACGUGGUGCGUCUCUAUCGCGACGACAUCACCAUCACCGUCAUCUACUUCAACUCGGAGCAGAUCGCCAAGCAGCAGUCGGAUAAGGCGCUGGGAGCGUGAUGCCCGAAGGUAGCUACACACCACUAACCUAGCCACUAGCGAUACGUUUAAGUUUGUUUUCAUUCGCCAUCUCGGACCUGGACGACUGCCGUGCCCAAUAAAUGUCACGCGGA